AUGUCUAGCCAACCCAAGAUGGCAUCGGAGAUAGGGGCGGCCGAGCAGUACGAGAUGGAUCAGCUGGCGGAGGCGGAGAUUUCGCGACUUCAGAAGCUCCUCCGCACACUCCUCAACGAACGGUCCAUCUUUCUCGAUGGCAAAUCGAAAGCGAUGCGCAAAUUCGAGCAAAACAUUCGCGUCCUCGAGAAGGAAAAGCAGCAACUGCAACUGCAGCUGAACUGCGAGGAGAAUGGAACGCACUCGAAGCGUGAGCUGGAACUAGAAUCCGUGCUGGAGCAGGCUUACGAGAGCCAGGAGAAGGCCCAGCAAGCGCUUAAGGCCAAGAAGGAUAGCCUCUGGGAGCUGGAGGGACACAUCCGGAAGAUUCACCGCGAGAUCGCGGAGAUACGCAACAACGAGGUGACGGACAACCUGUACAACGAGACGAUCGCCAAGGCUCAACAGUCGGUCAAGAAGCUCGAGAACCGGUUAGAUGUGGUUAAUAAGCGGGCCGGAGCGGUCAUGGCGGAGAAUGCCCAGCUACGCCAAACCAUCGAUCACAUGCUAACCGAGCGUGCGACCUUUAACAUCAUGUGGGAGAAGCUGGUGAAUCGAUUGAACGAAGGGAAACGCUACAUGAUCGAUUUGAUCGAACAGGCAACAGCCGCGUACGAUACACGCGAAGAGCUAUGCACCAAGCUGCAGAUCCUGAAGGAUAAAGGCCAAAGCGAUAAGCUGGCUCACAUACAGGAGAUGCGCGAGCUGCAGCGUAAGCUCGACCAUGAUGCGAAGCUGCAGGAGUUCCUCGGCAUUAAGGGUCAGCGGCGCGCUAAUGCUGAACUGGAGGAGCGUGAAGCGCAGAAGCGCAAGAAGAUGAUGGAGCACCUGGAGAAGCAAUACCAAGAGUACGAACAGAUUAUGACGCGCAUCAUGAACUUCUCUGGUGAAGACGACAUCGAUCGAUUGGUGGCCAAGUUCAUCAAGAAGGAAGAGGAAAACUUUGCCCUCUUCAACUAUGUCAACGAGCUGAGCCACGAGGUGGAAACGCUCACCGAAAGUGUUCAACUGUUGCAGGAUAACAUAACCGAACAAAUUGCAAUCAAUGAAUCGAAGGAGCACUCCCAGGAUGAUAACAUUGAUGCACUACGCAUGGCCGAGCAGGAGUGUAAAGAGGCGGCCGAUGCAGCCCAAGAGAUCAAGCUCAAGUGGGACGUAAAGCUGGACGAACUUCUUCGAAUGGCUGAAAGAAUCUACAAACUGCUCAUGUGUGAUGAGGCUCCGAUACUGAACUUGCUAAACAACGAACGGCGAGUCACGCUCAACAAUGCCAAACUCUUCCUGGGCAUUAUCGAACGGCGCGUCCUGGGCAUCAUCAGUAACGUGACGUACAUCGAACCGACUACGAAGAUCCUGGGGAAGAAAGAUCGCGUACCAAACUUUAAUGUAAAGGAAUCGGCCAAAGUUCGUAUCGAACGGAAUUAA